CUAUAAAUGGAGCCCCCGGAACCCCGAUCCCCAAAACCAGCGCCCCAAUUCCCACAGAGCAGUUUGUAAUCCCAUCCUCUUCCUCCUCUCUCUCGCAGUUGCAGAGCAGCCAGCGAUCGGAGCAGCAGCCAUGGACGGCGCCAAGAAGGGCCGGAACCCGCACAAGGCCUCCGCGGACUACCGCAGCGACCGCAAGUCGGCCUCCGGCAUGAGCGGCGACCCCAAGAAGGGCGGCCGCGGCGGCAAGUUCACCUGGGAGGGCGCCGACGGCUACGCCGACGAGGACCUCGACUUCAUCUCCAACUCCAAGAACAACGCCGCCCGCGCCGCCAAGGGAGGCGCCAACGCCGCCAAGAAGGACGACGACGACGAGUAGGGCCCCGGCCCCGGCCUCCCGUCCGAUCGGUCGCCAGCAAGCAAGUCCCUAUUCCAGUUGAUGAUAGUUGCUCAGCUGACAGGGUUGAAGAUUCCCAAUUAUUCCUCUCCGUACCUGCUUUAAAUCAAGCUGCAUCUUAUCUUGCCCAGAUAACUUCAUUUCUCCCCCGGUGCCUCCUUGUAUCUGGUUAUGUGGGUUAGUUCUUUUUCUUUAUUUAGAAAAAAAAUGAUUCAGAUUCCCUAUCUCAAUUGCAUAAGCGACCUAGGCUCUUAUGGUAAUUCCAUUUUAACAAAUUGGUUGUGUUUAUUAUCUUAAUGUAGGUCUAUCUGAGGAGGAUCACUCUUUUAAUGCUGUAAUGCUGGAUCACUUGACUUAUCUGAUUAGUUAUGGAAACCAA